AUGCAAAAAUUCAUCGACAAAGUUAAGCAGCAAAAUGCACAAGGGGACAAUUCCCCCAAUAAGGUAUUAGCGAACAAAAGGAUCCAAUUUAAGAAUAUACUGGAAAAGAAAAAAAUAGAAGAAGACAAAGCAGAGCAUGUCAAACUGUUAAAAAUUGUUAAAGAGUACUAUCGCACAAAGCUGAAAAGAUUAGCAUUUUCUGCAAUUACAAAUGAUUAUUAUAAAAUGCAGAGCCUUCUCUGCGUUCUUAAAUUAAGCGAUCUUCGGAGAAGGAGGAAACUCGUUUUUCUAUCCUUUCUGUAA